GCCUCUUUUACCGCGUUCUCAGUUGCUUUCAGUCAGGGCUUUGGUAUGACUGAAUAACGUGCUAGGCUACGUGCAAGGGCAGCUCGGAGUUAAGGAGGUUGGGCAAGGGGGCUGGAGUCACGUAUGGUCCAGACCAGCCUGCCUCGUCCUGUGUCACACGUUGAGAAGCUUGUAUUUAUCGGCGUGAUUAGUCAGUGAGAGGAGCCCCUGUCAACUUCUUCCGUGGAAAUCUAUACUUCGAAAAGGAUGUUGCCUGGAAUCGAUGGCUAAGAUGGUCCCAGCAUUUCCUUUGCAAUGAACAACAGCAGUCUUGGUGCAGAGCAGGCCUGCAACAUCACCUACAAUCAGGGGGCGGUGCCACUGGUCACCGUUUACUGCCUGGUUCUUGCCAUCGGGGCGCCGGCCAACCUACUGACCUUGUGCCUUUCCUUGCUAAAGAUCUGGAAGAAGAAUGUGCUGUCGGUAUACCUGUUCACCCUCUCACUGUCCGACCUGCUCUACAUGGGCACCAUCCCGCAGUGGAUCCUCUAUGUAAAGAACCAAAAUCGGUGGACUCAGAGUGACACCGCCUGUCAGCUCACCGGCUUCAUCUUCUUCAACAACCUGUACAUCAGCAUCCUGCUCCUUUGCUGUAUCUCUGUGGAUCGCUGCCUUGUCGUUCUCCACCCCAUCAAAGCGCAGUGGCGUCGCCGACGACGGACGGCUGUGUUGGUCUGUGUUUGCGUCUGGCUUCUGGUGAUGGUCACCCACCUCCCCGUCUUCUUUCUGUCAAAGGUGAAGAGUAGCGAUGCCAAGAACGAUUCAUGCUUCGAGACCUUUCCCAUGCCCGAGCUGGUGGCCAAGUUCAACUACGCCAGGUUCUGUGUGGGUUUCUGUGUUCCCCUUUUCAUCCUGGCUCUCACCAACCUGCUGAUUUUCCGAAGGAUCCGUGACAGCCAGUGUCUCAACCCACGCGAAAAGACCAAGGUGAAGUACCUGGCCAUUGCCAUAAUAUUCAUCUUCCUCUGCUGCUUUGCCCCAUACCACAUCAUCCUCCUCAGCAGAGCCAUCGCCUUCUCCCUCUACUCGGACAGCUGCUGGUUCGAACAAAAGAUUUAUGCUGUCUCCACUCUCUUCCUUUGCUUCUGCACAAUCAACAGUGCCAUAAACCCAAUCCUCUAUAUGUUCUCCUGUGAGAGUGUGAGGCAGGAACUACGGAGAGACUUCCAAUCCAUCAGGCAGUGUAGUAUCUGGCGCAGAAACGGGUUGGACAGCUGCAUUUUGAGAAACGGAAAUACUUCAGGGACAUCCACAUACAGAAUGGAACAAAUCACCAGUGAAAUAUGACCAGGGAUUGGCUAAAGAUCUUCUCAUGCCAACCAAAAUUCAACACCAGCUCAAUUAAACAAAACUGCACAUUAAAGUGGGGAUUAAUAUUCAAUAGGCCCAUAUUAGAAACUUGGUGGUGUUCUGGGAAUAAUGUAUACAUUUCUGUGCAGGCUCCCAACAUCCAAGGCUCCCACUGGUUACAUGAGGUUUGGACAUGACCCCCACAGUUCAUUCACAGGAUGGGUGAGGGGAACUUGUGUGAACCUAAUGUGCUGGAGCACUUAUCUGACUACCUCCACCCUUGGACACUGCCUAGAUGGGAAAAGAACAGGGGGAGCAUGGGGGUCACAAUACAUUGGCUCCCAAUCUCAUCUAAUGUAAGUCUUGAAACCACGACAGGUGGUGUUGGCAGCAUUCUGGAAUGCUGAAGUGUUUUCUCAGCGAUUGCUCUGUUAUACCAGGAUUAUUCAGCUGAGAAUUAUAUGGAAUUGUCAGGGUUCAGGGAAUGGUGUGAAUCCAAAGUGAAGAACCAGGCAGAGAAAAUCUUGUAUUACAUUACCCUCUGCCUAGGUAGAUGAGCAAUGACAACGUGAUUCAGUCAGCCAGAAUCAGACCAUUCCCACAAGAAUGGGCAUUUAUCUAUGUGAUUGCUCCUUAUUGACAGGCAUCUGCCAGUAAUAGUCAUGGGCUCUCUGGAGCCUGGAUGAGAAUCUAGUUGAAGAAAGGUGAAUGACAAAGAUCCUGAAUCUGGGGCAGCUUGGGAUCAAUACCCAAAGGGUUCACACCAGAAUUGGUACAAGCUGAUAGCUUCACUCAGACAGCUAGACGCAGCAAAAGGCAAAUGAAUAUUAUUGUACAGUGGGCGAUGGUUUCCUCUAUUCAGUGGUUAUAGUUAGGUUCUAAAGCAGUCAUAGGAACAGGAGGAGUCCAAUCAGCCACUCCAGCCUGUUCUAUUAUUUCAGGAGAUCGUGGUAGAUCUACAUUAUAACUCAAUCCCACUGCAUUGACUCUACCCUUUUACAGGGUCAACUAUCAAUCUAAGAUUUAAAAUUAUUAACUGAGAGAACACCUACUGCUUUCUGUGGGAGACAGCUCCACAUUUCUACCACCCUUUGGAUGAAAAAAUGUUUCCUAACCUCUCUCCUGAAUGAUGUGUCUCUGGUUUUAAGGUUGUAAGGGCAUAAAAAAUAGGAGCAGGAGUAGACCAAUCAGCCCCUCAAGCCUGCUCUGCCAUUCAACAUGAUCCACUUCCCUGCCCAGUCCCCAUAUCCCUUGAUUCCCUGGGAGAUUAAACAUCUGUCUAUCCCAGCCUUGAAUAUAUGUAAUAAUGGAGCAUCCACAACCUUCUGGGAUAGAGAAUUCCAAGGAUUUUCAACCUUUUGAGUGAAAAAAAAAUUCCUCAUCUCAGGCCUAAAUGAUUGACCUCUUACCCUGAGACGCUGCCACAAUGUUCUGGAUUCCUCAAUCAGGCACAACAAUCUCAUAGCUCCUUCACCAUGUAGGCUUCAAUGAGAUCAACUCUCAUUCUUCUAAACUCCAGAGAAUAUAGGUCCAGUUUACUCAGCCUCUCAUCAUAAGACAACCCCCUCAUCCCAGGAACCA